CUCACACACUCACUCACCUUCACACACUCACACACUCCUCCCAGCUCACCUCCAGCCCCACCAUCCACCAUGGCCGCCUCUACCCUGUCCGUCUGCUCCAGCGACCUGAGCUACAGCAGCCGUGUCUGCCUGCCCGGUUCCAGUGACUCUUGCACUGACUCCUCCUGGCAGGUGGACGACUGUCCAGAGAGCUGCUGCCAGCCCUCCUGCUGUGCCUCCAGCUGCUGCCAGCCCUCCUGCUGUGUCCCCAGCUGCUGCCAGCCCUCCUGCUGUGUCCCCAGCUGCUGCCAGCCCUCCUGCUGUGUCCCCAGCUGCUGCCAGCCCUCCUGCUGUGUCCCCAGCUGCUGUCAGUCCACCUGCUGUGUCCCCAGCUGCUGCCAGCCCUCCUGCUGUGCCCCCAGCUGCUGCCAGUCCACCUGCUGCACACCCAUCUGCUGCAAGCCCGUCUGCUGCACACCCUUCUGUUGCACAUCUGUUUGUUGCAAGCCAGCCUGUUGCACACCUCUCUGCUGCAAGCCUGCCUGCUGCACACCUGUCUGCUGUACACCCAUCUGCUGCAAGCCCGUCUGCUGCAAGCCUGUGAGCUGUGUGCCCGUCUGCUCUGGGGCUGCCCCCUGCUCAGCCCCCUCCUGCUGCCAGCCCACCCCCUGCCCCUCGUCCUGCUGCAGACCUUCUUCCUCUGUGUCCCUCAUCUGCCGCCCUGUGUGCAGACCCGCCUGCUGCGUGCCCGUCUCCUCCUGCUAUGCCCCCUCCUGCUGCUAG